AUGCUGAGUUCAGAUCUGCUGCUCACGCACUACGACCCGACGCUGCCGAUCGUUGUUGCUGCAGAUGCUUCCAACCACGGAGUUGGUGCCGUCAUCUCACAUACUUUUCCUGAUGGGUCUGAAAAGGCGAUCAUGCAUGCAUCUCGCACGCUAACCCCUGCGGAGAAGAACUACGGGCAGAUAGAGCAAGAGGCUCUAGCCCUCGUGUUUGCCGUCAAGAAAUUUCAAAAACUGUUGUAUGGUCGCCACUUCACGUUGUUGACGGACCACAAACCAUUGCUGUCAAUGUUCGGUUCGAAGAAGGACACUCCCAUCUACUCAGCCAGCCGACUUCAGCGAUGGGCAACCAUCCUUCUUGAUUGCGAUUUCGACAUUCGUUACCGUUGUACUACAGACUUUGGUCAGGCUGACGCCCUUACUCGCCUCAUCAGUAAUCAGCAGGAAGCGGAGGAAGAUACCGUGAUUGUCGCUAUUCCGAUUGAGGACGAUGUGCGCCGUCGGCUAUCGGACUCCAUACGAGGUAUCCCUGUCACUGUCGCGGACAUCCGACGCGCUACUGAACAGGAUCCUGUCCUCCGUCAGGCCAUCACCUACGUGCAGACCUGCUGGCCAACCAAUGCUCUCGCUGGUGAGCUUCGUCAGCUCUUCCUCCGCCGAGCAUCGCUAUCUGUGGUUGACUCCUGCCUCAUGUUUGCGGACCGUGUGGUGAUCCCAUCUUCCUUCCGACCCGCUGUACUACGCCAGUUCCAUGCCGCUCAUCCUGGCACCAGUCGAACGAAGUCAAUUGCUCACAGUUUUGCUUACUGGUCGGGUAUCGACGGCAAUAUCGACGACCUGGUUCGAUGCUGUUCUCGAUGUCAGCAAGCUGCCAAGAUGCCGCCUCGUCAACCUCCAAUACCCUGGCAACCACCGGAGAGGCCUUGGUCACGCGUGCAUAUCGACUUUGCUGGCCCACUUAACGGAGUCUCCUACCUAAUCUUGGUUGACGCCUACUCGAAGUGGCCCGAGAUUGCUCCGCCGAAUCCAGCAAGAGCAUCUGCCGCUAUCGCCUUCCUACGACGCAUCUUUAACCAUCAUGGCUUACCAGAAGUCCUGGUUUCAGAUAAUGGCUCUCAGUUUACCUCGACGUUUGAGGAUUUCUACCGUCAGCACAACAUCCAGCAUCUUCGCUCGCCGCCCUACCAUCCUCAGUCUAACGGUCAGGCGGAGCGUUUUGUCGACACGUUUAAGAGAGCCCUCUUGAAAGCUCGUGGGUAG